UACACACCAGGCAGCAGCACCAGCGAUUCCUUCGAAGUCGAACGUCUGGUUACUAAUUCUUCUAUAUCGUUGACUCGCUCAUUUGUGGUUUGGAAUGAAAAUGCACGCCUCGAUGUUGUUGCUGGCAGUCGUAGCCACUGGAUCCCUCGGCCAAGGGUUGCAAGGGCGAUGCCUAGAUGACACGGAAUGCGCAGCCAACGCCGCCUGCGUCACGGUGGACACUGGUCGAAGUGCGUUUUCAAAGUGCACGGCCAACAAACCAGUGUGUGGGGGUCGCACGUUUGGCCACUGCCCGUCCCAGGACGCCGAAAUUGGCAACAUGAUGUGUGUGUUUGUCGAAACGAAAAAGAUCCGAAAUGUCGUGUGCUGCCCCAACUCGGGCGGCACGCAGCUGCUGCCGGACAGUCCCCUCGCAUCAGGAGUUGCAACAACUGUCGCCCCCGCCGAUGCUGCGACAACGUCCCCAACCACGACCAAAGCCGCGAUCACCCGCGAAUUGCUCGUGGAUGCCCCUGCAGUGCCUUGCUUUGAUUGUUAUAAACCAGUGGGAAGCAACCGGACGAUCCCGGGCUCGUUCGAGUGUGUGUUGAAAGAUCAAUGCAAAACGCAAAGUGUGUUUCCAAAAGUGUGCGACACUGGGCUCAGUUGUGACACUGCCAAGAAUGAACUGUGCUCGAAACACGGCACGUGUGUGCCCAUUGAUUCCGACGCGCCCCAAGGCACUUUCCGUUGCAUGUGCGACGUUGGAUUUGGCGGACGGUUCUGCGAUCAAGUGAUUUCAAACGACUGCGUGGCCGACUGUGGCCAGGGCGGGACCUGUAUCGCAGGGCAAUGCGUGUGCAAGAAGGGGUUCAUUGGAGACCAAUGCUAUGGCUGUACCCGCGACGAAACGUGCAACUCGGAAAAACUUUCUGGCACGUGCAAUUUGAAGACCAACACGUGCGACUGUGUCCCAGGGUUCCAAGGAGAUAAGUGGUGCGGCACCACGAGCGAUGCAUCCGUCUCCGUGGUGGACAAGUGUGCGUUGGCUAACGGCCCCAAUUGUGGCACAUUGGGUAUUUGCCUGCAAAGCGAGUGCUACUGCCGCGACGGGGCGUGCAUUGGGUCGUCGUGCACCAAGUGCACUCUCCCAGGAUGUGUGGACUGCGGCACUUCCGCGGCGGCAGACAAGCGUAGCUUAUCGACCAUUGUCGGGGCGAUGAUGGCGUCUGCCCUGUACUUCGUGCUCUAGAUAGUUGAUGCGAAUUGUGGAGGGAGCCAAUUUCGAAUCACGGGUUUGUUACAUCGUUUGCUUCGCAGGUUGGCUAGAUAGAGUGUGAGUUGCCAUGCAACCGCACGUCCGUCUGGCAACAGAGUACCUUAGCCAAAAAAAUAAUGUUUAUCCAAAUAUUCAUAUGUAAGUUGCAA